UGGCCUUGAGGGGCGGUGGGAAAGUGUAUAUAACCCGGUGCCGUCGAGCGGAACCCCAUCAGUUUUCCUGCAGCGGAGACGCUGAGAGCAUCUCGUUCUUUUUCAGUCGAUGUCAGUGAACGAGCCAUGAGGACGCGGAGUCUUGUGGUUUGUUUGGGGGCCCUCUUGCACAUAACACUAAUAUGGGCCAAGGCAGUGGACCUCUCCCAACAAGUGGGUUUGAAAGACCCAUCGCAGAUCCAACAGGUCGCUGAGAAGCGAAUCGGCGACUACGGACAUGAUGAACAUCACCACCCACACCAAAAGGGCUACUGGAAGAAGAAACUCAUCUGGAAACCCGGAUGGGUCAAGACCUGGAAGCCUGCCAAGAAGCAAAUCUGGAAGCCAUCGUGGAAGCAGAUCUGGAAGCCCAUCUGGGUCCCGACACAGAAAGCCGUAUGGAAAGAAAUCAAAGUCCCUGACUGGAAGAAAAUCUGGAAGCCAAUCUGGGUUCCGAUCUCCGUGCCCGCAUGGAAAGAGGUGAAAGUUCCUGACUGGAAGAAAAUCUACAAACCUAUCUGGGUGCCGAUCAAGGUCCCUGCCUGGAAAGAAGUGAAAGUCCCUGACUGGAAGAAGGUGUACAAACCAGUUUGGAAACACAUCGAAGUUCCUGCAUGGAAAGAAUACCAAGUGCCCGACUGGAAGAAAAUCUGGGUGCCAGAAUUGAUCAAGGUCCAUGUGCCAGGAAGCAAACCUUUGGGUAAAGACGAUCACGGCUGGGAAUACUUGGCUCACGAUCUGUGGAAGAAAAAGGUAGUCUGGAAGGUUCACUGGAAGAAGAUCUGGAGAACCGAAAAGAAACAGAUCUGGGUGCCGUCCAAGAAACUCGUCUGGAAGGAAGACUGGGUGCAGAUCUGGCGAACUGAGAAGAAACAAAUCUGGGUUGAGGACAAGAAACUUGCCUGGAAGGAGGCCUGGAAACAGAUCUGGAGGGUCGAGAAGAAGCAGAUCUGGAUCAAGGAGAAGAAACUCGAAUGGAAGGAAGACUGGAAGCAGAUCUGGAGGCUGGACAAGAAGCUCAUCUGGGUCCCAGACAAGAAAUUAGAAUGGAAAGAAGCCUGGAAACAAAUCUGGGUUCCUGACUGGAAGGAGAUCUGGGUUCCAGCCUGGAAGAAGAUCUGGAAGCCUGUUUGGAUCUCAGAAUGGUUCCCUGAGCCAGAACACCACCCACACCAUCACGAAGAACACCAUGAGGAACACCACCACGGCUGGGACAGGAAGGAUACUGGAGCGACGCAGCUUGUCGACACCGUCCAGGUGCAACAGCAGCCAAUCCAGCAGAUCGACACGAGGCCUCAGCCAUUCCAGCAACAAGUGGUCCCGCAAGGAUCGUUGCUCCCUCAACAGUAAGACUGAUAGAACUCUCGUUGUUUCACCAUUGCUCCAGGGUGUCGCGGAAUCUCUCUAGACUAUCUCGCUCCUCAAUUCCGGUAGGAAUGAAAUACCUCAAAAAAUAAAAUAAUCGUAGCAUGUCAAGUACCUGGCAGGCUCUUUGGAAAAAUUCGCUAGUCUGAUCGAUGUUACGAGACUUUCGAAUUUCACCAAAGAGAACAACUCACGGUUCCUGUUGUGAGGAUUUUGAUUACCAAGUGAAAAAUAAUUGCCAGAGGCAUCGAACAGAUCAUCAAAAAAAUGAGCUAGUUGUAAAGAACCCUUUCUGCAGCAUCAUGAUGCCAAAGGCAUACUGUAAAACCAAAGAUGAAGCUGAAAAUUAUCAAAGUUCCAAAUUUUGUUGACACCCUGUAAU